CGACAGCGGAUGACGUUGCGGCAGAGGAGGAGUUCCUGUUAAUCCAAACAUCGUCGACACAACAUCCACAGUAAUUUAUCGAUAACCUUAUUAAAUCUUCAUUUAGUGUCUACCUACAUAUCAACAUGGCUGCUCAGAAAAUAAACGAAGCUCACGAGCAUAUAGCUAAAGCGGAAAAAUGCUUAAAGACAAGUCUGACCAAGUGGAAGCCAGAUUUUGACAGUGCUGCAUCAGAAUACGCAAAAGCAGCUGUGUGCUUCAAGAAUGCCAAGCAAUUUGAUCAAGCAAAAGAUGCCUACCUGAAGGAGGCUGAAUAUCAUACAGAAAACAAGGCGCUUUUUCAUGCGGCAAAGGCUAUUGAACAGGCAGGUAUGAUGAUGAAGGAACAAAAGAAGAUGCCAGAGGCCAUCCAGUACAUAGAGAAAGCCUGUAUGAUGUACAUGGAAAAUGGAACUCCUGACACUGCGGCCAUGGCUCUGGACCGGGCUGGAAAACUCAUUGAACCUAUAAACCUGGAGAAGGCAGUGGACUUGUAUCAGAAGGCAGCUGGCGUGUUUGAGAAUGAAGACCGUCUGCGUCAGGCUGUUGAACUGCUGGGAAAAGCUUCCAGACUCCUGGUACGAUUAAAAAGGCUGGAUGAAGCAGCAGUUGCCCUCCAGAAAGAGAAGAACAUGUACAAAGAGAUCGAGAACUUCCCCAUGUGCUUCAAGAAAACAACCGCUCAAGUGCUGAUUCAUCUUCACAGAGGGGAUUAUGUAGCAGCUGAUAAAUGUGUCAGAGAAAGUUACAGUCUGCCCGGCUACAGUGGAAGUGAGGAUUGUGUCGCCAUGGAGACACUACUGCAGGGAUAUGAUGAGCAGGAUGAGGACCAGGUCUACCGAGUGUGCAACUCACCUUUACUGAAGUACAUGGACAAUGACUAUGCCAAGUUGGCUAUUUCCCUGAGGGUACCUGGUGGUGGAGGAAAGAAGAAGAAGGCAGCAGCAGCUCCACAAGGUGGCGCUAGCGGGGCACCAGCCGCAGCAGAAGAGGAGGACGACUACGAGGGAGGCCUGUGUUAACCUCCAGCGCCGAUUCUUCCAUCUGCUGCUCCGCCACAACUACUACUACACCCUCUGUGUGUUCGGUGCAACCACCUCGACAUAACCCUUGAGCUCUGAAUAUGAGUUUGGGCUGUUUGAUCUUUAUUGUGCAAAAAACAAAACACAAGCAGUCACAAUAGGUGUCUGCAGGAGAGUCUAAGCCUUUUAAUUUGACUGUUUUUUGUUUUUUUUUUGGAUGAAAAGUACUUCUUAAAUGUUGAAAAAUGUAUGAAAGCCUCUUCAUGUAUGUAAAUGGUCUAUUAUUUUGUGUCCCAGUGAAGCUGUAAAAUUCUGCUGUUAUUGUUUGUGGAUAAAUCGCUAUAGGUAUAUUAAAAAUCAGAAGUAUAUCUAAGGAGGUGAUUAAUGUAUAGGUGUGUAUUUGUACAGAGGUAAUUUAUUCAGUAUUCAUGGCUGCAGCCUGUUGGAAAUGUUACUGGAGCAAUAUGCAAUCAGCCUGUUAAUGCAUGCGACCGGGAUAAUAUGUUAAAAAUGUGAAUUUUGAUUAUCAAUGGUAUAACAAUAACAAUACUGUCUUAAUCAUAAGCAGUCAGUCAAGAAAAUAUCACUAAACUGCAAAUCCUUGUAGUCAAAUGUAGACAGUUUUUCAUUUGUCUACCUCAAGGUGAGUGUAAUCUUCCACCUUAAAAUGCAAAUAUACUGCAGUCAUGGCUGGGUGUUUAUAUUUUAUCCUUUAACUGAAACAUUUAAAGCAAAAAAGGGACCAUGCCUUGACAUUUUCAGUGCAUUUCUCCCUCAUUUGCAUAACGAGGAGCCACUGUUAGAUCAUAUAGAUGCCAACUAUGAGACUCCACAGUUUGACCGUAAUUUAAAAUAAGGGACUGUUUACAUUUUUAUUUUUUUUAUUUGUGCUCUUGCCCACUUCUUGUGUAUUCCUCCAAAGCGUAAUCUUCCAAACUUUGCACAUACAUCAAUAAAACAUUUCCGCUGUGUGGCA